AUGUUGGAUAAGAGAGUUGCAAUUCUAUUUUAUGCCACAUGGACAUGUGUGCUAUUUAGGAAAGGUGGUAUGAUGUCUAUGACUAUUAAGUCCAAGACUGAGGAUUCUGUGAAAUGUGACAUUGUUGAUGGAGGAGAGCUCAAGUCAAGGAGACUUUUGAAUGUUAGAGAAAAAAGUGCAACAUUGUCUUCAAUCACUAAGAAGGAUUGGGAUGAUAUCACAUUUGAAGUGGAUAACAAAGUUUACUUCUAUGUUGCUUCCUUUGUUAAGGAUGCUGAAUUUGUUCAUGAACUAAAGAAUUAUUUGAAGAGUUGUGGUGUUGAUAUACAUGUCAUCGUAAAAAUUGAAAGUGCAAACUCUAUACCAAAUUUGCAUUCAAUUAUCACUGCAUCUGGUGGCACUAUGGUUGUCAGAGGAGAUCUUAGCGUUGAGCUCCCUAUUGAAGAGGUUCCACUUUUGCAGGAAGAGAUAAUCAACUUGUGUCGUAACAUAGGAAAGGCUAUUAUUGUGGCAACAAAUAUGCUAGGCAGCAUGAUUGUUCACCCAACUCCAACCAGAACAAAGGUAUCAAAUAUAACAACUGUUGUUCGAGAAGGUUCUGAUGGAAUAAUGUUGUCUGGAGAAACAACUCAUGGAAAGUUCCUACUAAAAGUUGUGCAAGUAAUGCACACAGUAGCAUUGCAGACAAAAGCAACUAUACUAGGUGGUAAAAUUCCACCUAACAUUGGUCAAGUGUUGAAGAACUACAUGAGUGAGAUGUUUGCCUACCACGCAACCAUGAUGUCUAUCACCCUUGGAACCUCAAUUAUUGUCUCCAUUGGAACGGGUUUCAUGGCUUAA